GGAAGGAAGCACGAAAUAACACGGCAGCGACGUACACACAUCACACCGCACGUUUUUAGAUGAUGGGGGCAAAAAACAAAUUGAUCAUUUUGAAUUGAUAUUGGAUUGCCAUGACGGGGGAUGUGUUGGUUUUUUAACACGUGGCUGUCUUCCUGAUUAUGCAACUGAAGUGUAAAAGUCCUGAUCUGUUAGAAUCCCUGUGGGUAGUGAACAGACUGGUAGCCUUUCAGUAAAUGUACUGCGCAGGUACACUGUCGCAAAAACAUUUAAGGUCUUCCAGCAGCGGCGGUUUACGUUAGCUAGUCAAUGUAAUGAGGGACAAGACUGCAGUUUUCGUGGUACUUUUUAUUUGAGUGUGUCUUUUACAGACUCACUCUCUGACUGUGUUGGAGGAUGGACCCUGUAGUGCUGAGCUACCAGGACAGCCUGCUGCGGCGCUCUGAUGUGUCCUUACUGGAAGGACCUUACUGGCUCAAUGACCGAGUCAUUGGUUUCGCUUUUGAGUACUUUGCUGCUGAGCGCUUCAGAGUCCUGGGGGAGACCAUCACCCUCAUCAGCCCGGAGGUCACCCAGUUCAUCAAGUGUGCUUCCUGCCCUGAUGAGUUGGCCCUAUUUCUGGAGCCGCUGGAUCUUGCUUCUCGCCACUGGGUCUUUCUAGCCGUUAACGACAACUCCAACCAGAGCGCCGGGGGAUCCCACUGGAGCCUUUUGGUCUACCAUCACAACUCCAACUACUUUGCACACUAUGACUCUCAAAACGGCAGCAAUUCGCUGCACGCGCGGCGCAUCGCCAGCAAGCUAGAGCCUUUCUUGGGUGCCGGGAGAAAAGCGCUGUUUGUGGACGAGCCGUGCCCAUCACAGCAGAACAGCUAUGACUGCGGCAUGUAUGUUAUUUGUAUCGCAGAGGCCUUGUGUGAGAUGGCCAGGGUGGAAGGCUCACCGCGCCUUCCUGUGCAAGUCAUCACCCCAGCCUACAUCACUCAGAAGAGGGCUGAAUGGUGCAGACUGAUCCAGAGUCUAGCUCAGAAUGAGCUCUGCUGCUCUCUGUCUUUUCCUUAGCAUGUUGAUUGCCCCUCAUAUAUGCACAACAGCUGUCAGCCUCUCCAUAUCUACUGCUGGAGCAUCUGAAUGCACUCCUUGAAUACAGUAUAUAAUGACAUAUGAAGUAUAUUUCUAUUAAAGUCUCUAUCAUACUCCAUAAUAGAAAAAAGGUUUAAAAAGAGAACGCAAUGUUACGGAUCUUUAAUGAUUCAUUGGAAACUUGGUGUCAUGUUUAUGCCUUGUUUAUGCACAGCAGCAUACGAUAUGUAAACCUGAACACCAGCAUGCCUACAAAGGAAUGGACUCAUGUACAUAUUUAGUGAGGAUGGAGAAUGUCAUGUCAAAGAGGAGGCACAGACUUUUCAUUUCUCCUUUGUAUUAGUUUGGGGCAAAUGUAGAAAUGUUUACACAGAUUAUUGCUCAGGGUCAUUUUAAAUGAACUAGAAUUGACGAUAAGAAUGUGAAUCUUAACUUUAUCUCCUACUUUACAUCAUGUAUUCAGUCUGUCUUUUAGUUUGAACAUGCAGUAUGUCUACAACUACAAACUUUUAGUUGUGAAAUAUUUUAAAGAAAAUUGCUGUGUGAGGGUAAGACAUGCAUUCUGACUGUAUGGGACAGUGGCCAAUGUUGAGUGGUAUGAUAUGUUCUCACAAAAAGCAAGUAUCAAAGUCAUUGUAUGCUGAUCUAAUAAAUUUUACUGUCACAUUUUUGUUGACAAAACGGUAAA